GUUGUUGUUGGUGGCGGCGGCGAGCGGAGCCGGAGGAGCCGCCGCAAAGAUGGAGGAGCCGUCGAGGAGGCGCUGCCGCUGCUGUUGCCGCCGCUGCUGCCGCCGCCGCCCGCGAAGCCGGAGCUCGAGCCGCAGCGGGGAUGCCGUUCUGAGUGCCUGACUGCCUCGCCCCGCCCCGAAGGAUGGCCUUGGAUGGGCAUUAGAGGCACUGCGGCCCUGGGCUCGGGCUCCUGUCCCGUCCGUCUGUCUGUUAUCGUCUGUCUCUCUUGACAUCACAGCAGCUCCGCCCCCUCCCGUCCCAGCCCCCAACGUCAGCUUCCUGCAGGCCCAGAGCCGGCAUGAACUCUCCCAACGAGUCGGCUUCCUUCCAGAGGGAUUGGAGGCUCAGGACUGGCUGGUGAGGAGAGGCAGUAUCAACCCAGAGAGGAAGUAGAAGAUGACAAAAAAGGGGGAAGAGAGAAGAUCCAGGCUGGCUGCUUGGUGUCCAGUCCGUUGUUUGCCCCCAGCAGUGGCCAAAGCUGACCCCAGAUGCAUGGGUCCUCUGCCUGCACCCUUCUCUAGUCCAGCCACUGGCCACCCAGACUUUGGUCCACGCUCCUGGAGCGGAGAGCAGGCCCUUCAGCCUCAUUAGCCUCCCUGCGUCUGCUGCCUCCGGAGCGCGCCCAGGCCGGAUGAGGUGCCUCCUUGCCUCGUGGGUCCCAGCGGCAGUGGCCUGAGGGAGUCCUUGAGCAGCCAGCUGGCCCCGCUGACCACCUUUUCCCUCACCGGCUUCCGCCUCGGGCGGCCCCUCCCUGGCAUGCUGCUGGUGCCCAAGGCACAGGGGCUUGUGGAGAUGCUGCAGACCAUCUAUGAGACCGAGUCCUGUUUCUCAGCAGAUGGCAUGUCAGGCCGGGAACCAUCCUUGGAAAUCCUGCCACGGACUCCUCUGCACAGCAUCCCUGUGGCAGUGGAGGUGAAGCCGGUGCUGCCAGGAGCCAUGCCCAGCUCCAUGGGGGGUGGAGGUGGAGGUAGCCCCAGCCCCGUGGAGCUUCGGGGGGCUCUGGCGGGCCCCAUGGACCCUGCGCUACGGGAGCAGCAACUGCAGCAGGAGCUCCUGGUCCUCAAGCAGCAGCAGCAGCUCCAGAAGCAGCUCCUGUUCGCCGAGUUCCAGAAGCAGCACGACCACUUGACGCGGCAGCACGAGGUCCAGCUGCAGAAGCACCUCAAGCAGCAGCAGGAGAUGCUGGCGGCUAAGAGGCAGCAGGAGCUGGAGCAGCAGCGGCAGCGGGAGCAGCAGCGGCAGGAGGAGCUGGAGAAACAGCGGCUGGAGCAGCAGCUGCUCAUCCUGCGCAACAAGGAGAAGAGCAAAGAGAGUGCCAUCGCCAGCACCGAGGUAAAGCUGAGGCUCCAGGAAUUCCUGUUGUCCAAGUCAAAGGAGCCCACGCCAGGCGGCCUCAACCAUUCCCUCCCACAGCACCCCAAAUGCUGGGGAGCCCACCACGCUUCUUUGGACCAGAGUUCCCCUCCCCAGAGCGGCCCUCCUGGGACGCCUCCCUCCUACAAAUUGCCUUUGCUUGGGCCCUAUGACAGCCGUGAUGACUUUCCCCUCCGUAAAACGGCCUCGGAACCCAACUUAAAAGUACGUUCGAGGCUAAAACAGAAGGUAGCCGAGAGGAGAAGCAGUCCCCUCCUGCGUCGAAAGGAUGGCACUGUUAUUAGUACUUUUAAGAAGAGAGCAGUUGAGAUCACCGGCACGGGGCCUGGGGUGUCGUCCGUGUGUAACAGUGCGCCCGGCUCUGGCCCCAGCUCUCCCAACAGUUCCCACAGCACCAUCGCUGAGAACGGCUUUACUGGCUCAGUCCCCAACAUCCCCACUGAGAUGAUCCCCCAGCACCGGGCCCUCCCUCUGGACAGUUCCCCAAACCAGUUCAGCCUCUAUACGUCUCCUUCUCUGCCCAACAUCUCCCUAGGGCUGCAGGCCACUGUCACUGUCACCAACUCGCACCUCACCGCCUCCCCGAAGCUGUCAACACAGCAGGAGGCUGAGAGGCAGGCCCUUCAGUCCCUGCGGCAGGGCGGCACACUGACCGGCAAGUUCAUGAGCACAUCCUCCAUCCCUGGCUGCCUGUUGGGAGUGGCACUGGAGGGUGACACAAGCCCCCACGGGCACGCUUCCCUGCUGCAGCACGUUUUGCUCCUGGAGCAGGCCCGGCAACAGAGCACGCUCAUAGCAGUGCCGCUCCAUGGGCAGUCCCCACUGGUGACGGGUGAACGUGUGGCCACCAGCAUGAGGACGGUGGGUAAGCUCCCGAGGCACCGACCUCUGAGCCGCACUCAGUCCUCCCCGCUGCCGCAGAGUCCCCAGGCCCUGCAGCAGCUGGUCAUGCAGCAGCAGCACCAGCAGUUCCUGGAGAAGCAGAAGCAGCAGCAGAUGCAGCUGGGCAAGAUCCUUACCAAAACUGGGGAGCUGUCAAGGCAGCCCACCACUCACCCGGAGGAGACAGAAGAGGAGCUGACGGAGCAGCAGGAGGCCUUGCUGGGAGAGGGGGCCCUGACCAUUCCCCGGGAAGGCUCUACAGAAAGUGAGAGCACCCAGGAAGACCUAGAAGAGGAGGAGGAGGAGGAGGAGGAGGAAGAGGAGGACUGCAUUCAGGUCAAGGAUGAGGAUGGCGAGAGUGGUCCUGAUGAAGGCCCUGACUUAGAAGAGUCCAGUGCUGGUUACAAAAAGUUGUUCGCAGAUGCCCAGCAGUUACAGCCCCUCCAGGUGUACCAGGCACCCCUCAGCCUGGCCACUGUGCCUCAUCAGGCCCUGGGCCGCACCCAGUCCUCACCUGCUGCUCCUGGGAGCAUGAAGAGCCCCACAGACCAACCCACUGUGGUGAAGCACCUCUUCACCACAGGUGUGGUCUAUGACACGUUCAUGCUGAAGCACCAGUGUAUGUGCGGAAACACACACGUGCACCCAGAGCACGCCGGCCGCAUCCAGAGCAUCUGGUCCCGGCUGCAGGAAACUGGUCUGCUCGGCAAGUGUGAGCGGAUCCGGGGUCGUAAAGCCACACUGGAUGAAAUCCAGACCGUGCACUCUGAGUACCACACCCUGCUCUAUGGGACCAGCCCCCUUAACCGGCAGAAGCUGGACAGCAAGAAGCUGCUUGGCCCCAUCAGCCAGAAGAUGUACGCCAUGCUGCCCUGUGGGGGCAUUGGGGUGGACAGUGACACGGUGUGGAAUGAGAUGCACUCCUCAAGUGCCGUGCGAAUGGCAGUGGGCUGCCUGGUGGAGCUGGCCUUCAAGGUGGCUGCAGGAGAGCUCAAGAAUGGAUUUGCUAUCAUCCGGCCCCCAGGACACCAUGCUGAGGAGUCCACAGCCAUGGGAUUCUGCUUCUUCAACUCCGUAGCCAUCACAGCUAAACUCCUGCAGCAGAAGCUGAGCGUGGGCAAGGUCCUCAUCGUGGACUGGGAUAUUCACCAUGGCAACGGCACCCAGCAAGCAUUCUACAACGAUCCCUCUGUGCUCUACAUCUCCCUGCAUCGCUACGACAACGGGAACUUCUUUCCAGGCUCUGGGGCUCCUGAAGAGGUUGGUGGAGGGCCAGGUGUGGGGUACAACGUAAAUGUGGCGUGGACAGGAGGUGUGGAUCCCCCCAUUGGAGAUGUGGAAUACCUGACAGCCUUCAGGACAGUGGUGAUGCCCAUUGCCCAGGAGUUCUCACCUGACGUCGUCCUAGUCUCCGCUGGGUUUGAUGCUGUUGAAGGACAUCUGUCUCCACUGGGUGGCUAUUCUGUCACCGCCAGAUGUUUUGGCCACUUGACCAGGCAGCUCAUGACACUGGCUGGGGGCCGGGUGGUGCUGGCCCUGGAGGGAGGCCAUGACUUGACCGCCAUCUGUGAUGCCUCUGAGGCCUGUGUCUCGGCUCUGCUCAGCGUGGAGCUGCAGCCCUUGGAUGAAGCAGUCUUGCAGCAAAAGCCCAGCGUCAAUGCGGUUGCCACACUAGAGAAAGUCAUCGAGAUCCAGAGCAAACACUGGAGCUGUGUACAGAGGUUUGCCGCUGGUCUGGGCUGCUCGCUGCGGGAGGCUCAGACAGGUGAGAAAGAGGAGGCCGAGACUGUGAGCGCCAUGGCCCUGCUUUCCGUGGGGGCUGAGCAGGCCCAGGCUGUUGCCACUCAAGAGCACAGCCCCAGGUAAGCCAGCAGAGGAGCCCAUGGAGCAGGAGCCUGCCCUGUGACACCCUGGCCCCCAUCCCUCUGGGCUUCAUCAUUGUGAUUUUGUUUAUUUUUUCUAUUAAAAACAAAAAGUCACACAUUCAACAACGUGUGCCGUGUGGGUCUCUCAGCCUCGCCCGCCUCCAAGCUGUUUCAGAACCCCCUCCCACUACAAGGGCCCUGGGUCAGCUUUCGAAUCCAUUCCUUCUAUGGGGCAUUGGGUGCAGUACCCACUUUGCCCAUGUUGUAUCCCAUACCCAAUUCCCCGUACUCUUCUACCGUGGACAGUGCUCCAGGCAGUACUGCCAACUCUGGAGCUGCCUGAGAUGGGAACAGUGAUUGGUGCCUGGACUUCAGUUGGCUUUUGGGGAAUGCCUUAAUUUGAAAUCUGCCCCUCUCCACCCUCAGGAUGAUGUACUACCAUUUAAGAUGCAGAAUCGAGGGAAGGUAGGCGUCCACCCCAAACUUUCCCUUCCUCUCUAUCUCCCUCACCAUUCUGCAGACUCUCCUCUUUGGCCUCAGCACUGAAGACUCGUGCCCAGGAUGUAGGCCUUAGACUUGUGGCCAGGCUUCUUGUCUCUUACUCCUGAGUAUCCCAGGAGCUCAAAGGGUACCGGGUGGUGUGCAGCGGGGUUAGAAGGGGCCAGGAGGACCUGCGUAUGCAGGCAGGUUCUCCACUUUUUUUCUAUUAAACUCUCCGUCUUGUGCUGGACCAGUAUAAGGAGGGGAGAAGGUAGACCCUGCAUGGGGGCUUCAGGUUCAUGCAAGCCCCUCUGAUGUUCUGGGCCAGAUUUUCUCCAUCCAUCAGCCUGCUGCAAGCAGAAGGGUCAAGAUCCAGCUCCCUUCUGGAGCCUUUUUGCUUUGAAACCUGGGGAUCGUGAAAGACAGGGUAGAUAUAGUUCUAGAAUAGACAGGGCCAGAACCCUGUCUAGAAGCCACCCCUGUCCCCCAGAGGUGUUGGGGGGGGGGGAGUCCAGCUCUCAGCAGGAGGUUGUUAGGAGCUAUCCAUCUUUUCCAGUAGCCUUGUGUCCAGAGGCUGGAGCCCACAGACUUCCAGUGAAUGUGGUCUAGCCUGUAGGAAACCAAAGAUGGGAAAUGGCUCCUAAGGGGCCAAUUUUUCUUCCCCUAUACCACAUCCCCAGGGCUCAGCUAUCUGUUUCCAUAUUGUCCGUAUGGGGCCUGAGCAGGGCUGAGGGAGCUGGGGAGUCCCACCACUAUUAGUUUUCUGUGUGUUUGCGUGCUGUCUGUAUCAUCCUUGCACUGAACCAGAGGCUGCUCACCUCCCACUCUCUCCCCGUAGGCUGAUCUUAUCCUGUGCCAACCCACUCCUGCUUUGUCUCCCUGGACAUGGAUUUUAGUUCAGUAGUUUGUAUCCCAACACAUGGUUUUUGUCUUCGUGUAAAUAAACUUAUUUGUGGCAGUGCUUUCUGGGAA